UUUUGCUAUUCAGAGGACGAAAGAGAGAAAACGCAAACGUCGGCAAUUAUGGAGAUUCAUUCCUCGAUUGAGUCCAAAAACUUUAAGAGAUUUCAAAAGAAGAGGAGAAAUUAUCUCUUUCACUCAAUUUAUUUUUGUGGGGGAUUCAACUUUUUUCAGAAAAGGGUUGUUUGUUAAGGCACUUGGUCGAUCAUCGCGCCGAAAACGCAGCACUAGCUUCUCUUCUCUUCCGUGAUUAUUGCUAAAUUCACCCCCUUUUUGGUCGAUUUCAAGUGUUUGAGGUCUUGGGUUUUGCUGAGACUCUUGUUUCAAGAUGGGCUACUAUAACAAUGUCUUUGAUGGAUGCAAUGACCAAACUGAUAUCGGUGGGGUUAUACGCGAUGGAAGGGAAGUCAUUCUCCAGGCUUAUAACUGGGAAUCUCAUAAACAUGAUUGGUGGAAAAACUUAGACGGCAAAGUUCCCGACAUCGCAAAAUCUGGCUUUACCUCUGCAUGGUUGCCACCACCAUCUCAGUCCCUUGCACCAGAAGGUUACCUUCCACAGGACCUUUAUUCACUAAACUCAGCAUAUGGCUCUGAGCAUCUAUUGAAAUCUUUGCUUCGUAAGAUGAAACAGUACAAAGUUAGAGCUAUGGCUGAUAUAGUCAUCAAUCAUCGUGUUGGGACAACAAGAGGACACGGUGGAAUGUACAACCGCUACGAUGGAAUCUCAUUACCGUGGGAUGAACACGCUGUUACUUCUUGUACCGGAGGACUGGGUAGGCGCAGCACAGGGGAUAACUUCAAUGGAGUUCCAAAUGUUGAUCACACUCAACAUUUUGUUAGGAAAGAUCUAAUCGGAUGGCUUCGUUGGUUGCGUAACACUGUUGGGUUUCAGGAUUUCCGUUUUGACUUUGCUAGAGGUUAUUCAGCACAAUAUGUGAAGGAGUAUAUAGGAGCAGCGAAACCUUUAUUCUCAGUUGGAGAAUUUUGGGAUUCUUGCAAGUACAAUGGCCAUGGUCUAGACUAUAAUCAAGAUAGCCAUAGACAGCGUAUAAUCAACUGGAUCGAUGCCACAGGACAGCUUUCAGCUGCAUUUGACUUCACAACUAAAGGAAUUCUGCAGGAAGCUGUAAAGGGUCAGUUUUGGCGUUUAAGUGAUCCUCAAGGAAAGCCACCGGGCGUAAUGGGAUGGUGGCCUUCAAGAGCUGUCACGUUUCUUGAUAACCAUGACACUGGCUCUACUCAGGCUCACUGGCCGUUCCCUUCACACCACGUCAUGGAGGGCUAUGCAUAUAUACUUACUCAUCCCGGCAUCCCCUGUGUGUUCUACGACCACUUCUACGAUUGGGGAAGCUCGAUUCAUGACCAGAUUGUCAAACUGAUUGACAUUAGGAGGCGACAAGAUAUCCACAGUAGGUCAACGGUCCGUGUUUUGGAAGCACGGGCUAACUUGUACGCAGCCGUUGUUGGUGAGAAACUGUGCAUGAAGCUCGGAGACGCUUCUUGGUGCCCUUCUGGUAGAGACUGGACUUUAGCAACAAGUGGCCAUCGCUAUGCCGUUUGGCACAAGUAAUCUUCUUGAAGACUGGACCUGAUUCUCAAGCUUUUGCAUAGAAACUUCCAAAAUUUAUGUCAAAGGUUGUGGGCUUUCGAGUGAUAUCUUUUCACUUUUAUAGACCGGUUUUACUUUAAUAUGCAGCACUUACGUCUUCAUGACGUAAUAUUUUACUAGUUAAGUAUUAUAUGCAUAUGUAUCAUUUUGUAA